UAGUUCAUGAACGCGAGCGGGUAUUACACGGGCAUUGAGUUGACGCGAAAUACAGACUUCGAGUGGAUGAUUGAAUAGUGGCUCGGCAAGAAGGUGUUCAGCUUGAAACUGCUUGCUGCCGUUGCACGGCGUUUACACAAAAUCGCGGUCGUUUUGCCCAAUUGGCAAGCGUCGCGGGCAGCAGAACAUUCCGGCGGGGUUUGUUCGCUGCGGGAACAUAGAGUUGUCGGAAUGAAGGGUCCUUAACACUGACGGGAGGUCGCGUUACCAUCUGACACAAACAAACAAAACCCCCUAUUGUUGGCACCGUGUCCCGCACAACCGGGAAUGCCGCAUUACGAGUGCGGCUCGUGUCCGUGCGUUCCGCGUGCUGCAUUACGCCCGCAAUAAGGAGAGCGCCUUCACCUCUGGCAUCUCAUUCAAUCGGCUUUCGGACUGCAGAGCGAGGAGAGCCGCGCGGACGGCACGAUGAUGGGCGACGCCAACGCGACGCCCCACAACCUCACGCACGACGAGCUGCUGUUGAGAGAGCGCGGGCGCAGGCAGAGCGACUUCUUCGUGCCCAUCUGCCUCACCUACAGCCUCAUCUUCGCCGUGGGCGUGGGAGGAAACAUCCUCACGUGCACCGUGAUCGCCAGCAGGAAGGGCAUGAAGACGCCCACCAACUUCUACCUAUUCAGCCUCGCCAUCUCCGACCUGCUCGUGCUGCUGCUGGGCAUGCCGCUGGAGCUCUACGAGAUGUGGUCCAACUACCCCUUCCUCUUCGGCCGCCUGGGCUGCUACUUCAGGACGGCGCUCUUCGAGACCGUGUGCUUCGCCUCGGUGCUCAACGUCACGGCGCUCAGCCUGGAGCGCUACGUCGCCGUCGUGCACCCGCUGCGCGCCCGCUCCUCCAGCACCCGGCGGCGCGCCGUGCGCGUCAUCGCGGCGCUAUGGCUCCUGUCCGGGCUCCUCUCGCUGCCCAACACCCUGACGCACGACCUCAACUUCCUGGUGCUGCCCGACGGCUCGCCGCUCGACGAGUCGGCCGUGUGCACCGUGGUGCACUUCUGGCCCUACAAGUACAUCGUCGCCGUCACCGCGUUCCUCUUCUACGUGCUGCCCAUGGCCCUCAUUAGCGUCCUCUACUGCCUCAUGGGGCUGGAGCUCCGCGAGGAGAAGCUGUGCUACGGUGAGAGGCGACUGCAGCAGACGGACCAACCCGGCGGCUCCGGGGACAAUCGCCUGAGCGUGCAGCGCCCACCACGGCGCACCGUCACCAAGAUGCUCUUCGUGCUGGUGCUGGUGUUCGGGCUGUGCUGGGCUCCGUUCCACGUCGACCGUCUCUUCUAUAGCUUCGUCACCAAGUGGACCGAGACCCUGGCGCUCGUGUUCAACACUGUGCACAUCAUGGCAGGCGUCCUAUUUUACCUGAGCUCUGCCGUCAACCCGAUCAUCUACAACCUGCUCUCGACGCGCUUCCGCGCCGCCUUCCGCGAGCUGCUCUUCCGCCAGCUCAGCCGGAGCACCUCGCUGGGCUCCAGUCCUGCCAAGCUGUCGCUGGUGAACCGCCACAGCCUGACGGCGCUCAGCGGCCAGACGCUCAAUCUGGGCGAGCUCGUCGACCUGGGCUGCCCCGCGCCGCUGCUAUCGGGAACCGCCGCGCGGACGGCCACACUACCGGUGACCAGGGAGAGCAUCCAUCACAUCUGCCUGUGAAGAAGAACUGCCGGCUGUAAGCCACCGAGAAGCUCAGUAGGCCCGGAUUGAUGCAGCGGGGCCUUUUAGAGGCUGCAGCCCCAGAGUGUCGGAUUUUCCGGGGAUCUAACAACAAUAUUUGAGUGCUUUGCUUAACGGUUGAAAUGCAAUACUGUGGCACUAUGAUACAUGUCUGGUAUGCGGAAGUGCGUGUGUUCGGUCUCGACCCUGAUUCCUGCUGUAUAUUUGGAGUUUGCAUGUUCUCCCCGUGGUUGUGUGGAUUUUAUCCGGGUUCAUUAGGCUAUAAUUUGUGGUCAGGUGGCUUCUGAAAAAGAGCUACAUUGCUCAGUGGGCCUUACCUAGUAAAAUAAAAAGUUAAAGUUAUUUGGGUGACUUGGUAAUUGAAGCAUCAAUGUACCUCACUACCAGUAAUUUGCUGAAAUUCUCAAUUAUUCUUUAGAACUUUGACUUAUGUUAAUAAUUCGUAUAUAUC